UUUACAAGCAGUUUUAUGAAUGGGCUACGACCACAACUCGGCUACAUUCCAGUAUUAACCGAGCAGACGGCAAGAUAUCCACACUUACAUUACUACGAGUGAAGUAUCACAAUACUAUGGCUUUUAGAGUGAACAUUUAUCAACUGAAACAGGUAAUGGAAAACGAGAUGGUAAAUUCUAAGACAGCCAGUAAAGUGUUAAUAGUGGACAGUCGUCCCUAUAUAGCGUACAACGAAGAGCACAUCAUCGGGGCUUGUAAUAUGUACUGUCCCCCAAUUCUAAAGAGGAGAUUCGCAAAUGGAGGCCAGGUGCAUCUCGAAUCCAUGUUGGGAGUGGAAACGAAAAACAGAUUGAUCUCCGGACAAUUUUCUACCAUUGUGGUGUAUGACCAGGAAGGUCCGUGUCUCCCAACGUUAAAUACCCUAAACAAUAACAGCUCGGGAAUGGACAACAAAUCCGACCUCAUCAUUGUCUACCGCACCUUAUGCAAGCUCGCCAAAGAUGCAAAAUGUUUAAUCCUUAAAGGUGGUUACAACACUUUUAAACAACAAUUCCCGUCACUAUGCACCAACCAAAGUCAAGAGGACGUCGAAUCAACGGACACCUCCAACUCUCCACUCUUCCAGAGCCUCUCGGUUCCGUCGGAACCAGUUGAACUCCUGCCUCAUCUAUAUAUUGGCAACGCCCUGAGCGCCGCAGGAAAGGAUGUUCUUCUUGCGCACGGUAUCACCGCCAUCUUGAAUGUGUCAAACAAUUGUCAGAAUCAUUUUGACACCGACUUCCGGUACAAAAAUAUCCCCGUCGAUGACAACCCAUUGGUUGACUUGUCUACCUGGUUCAUGGAAUCAAUUUCUUUCAUAGAUGAUGUCAAGCGUCACGGCGGGAAGACCCUCGUGCACUGUCAGGCCGGAAUCAGUCGAUCUGCUACAAUAUGUCUCGCUUACAUCAUGCAGAGUCAAUGUUUAAGCUUGGACGAAGCUUUCGAAUUUGUGAAGUCUCGUCGGAGCGUGAUUUCACCAAAUAUCAGUUUCUUACAACAGCUUUUGGACUUUGAGAAAGAAAUUCAAACGCGCAAUAACAAGAGGAAGUACUCGCCCCCAGCGUCUCCAUGUCGGCUCGUUACGUCAACGUCACCGGCAUUUUCAUUCUUUGGUCAUGAAGAAAUACAAGCGACUACAAUAUUGCAUAGCCCUGUGCAACUGUUGCAGAGUCCGGUAUUAACCUUCACCUGAGAAUUUGAAGUACACCCCAGUACCCGUUCAUCCAGGUGAAAACCACAUCAACCAUUUUGUGGAUUUUGUCCUUGAGUCGCCAACUUUAAGGCGGGUUUGAGUCUUCAAGUGAAUCAUUGAAGUAUAAUGGCAGUCAGGUUUGUAGUGUCGUAUUUAAGCGACACAACGGACAGCGAAUGAAAUAUUUAAGAUGGCCUCGAUACUGCCUAUGAGCAAAGAGAUGUGUGGAAUUGGUUUAUAUCACAUCGGGAAAGCGGAGCGAAGGGACAUUUUUCUACUUACGAAAUAGGUGCAGCACGGUUAAACUAUGGAAACACCAAGGUUACGAAUGAUGCAUUCCAAAAUGUAUUAUACGGGUUUUAAACUGACCUAUGGUUGUCCAAUUACGCAGACCGGAAAUGCAGCAAUUGCCAGCUCUGAGUGAUGAACAGUUGAAAAGAUUCUAAGAGUGUUAUGACACAAAAUAAGGUAUUGUUACGUUUUCAUCGCCAGACUUACGAAAGUCACAUUAAAAGACAUUUUGAAAAGUGAUUGUAUUUAAAAUGAUGGUGCAAUAUGGCCGGAAGUUCAGCUUUCAGGCCACAUGUAAAUAUCUUUAGUCACGUGAUUUAAGUUUUAUGCACUUUUUUACUCAUGCAUGUUUACGGAAAUUGACGUUAUUUUAUCGAUAAAUAUUGUGUAUUUUUAUAUCAUAUCGCAAUAAAAACAACAAUAAUAUCUCCGAAACACUUUCACCUUGAUAGAGAAGAUCGGAAUGGAACGCUCGGGUUUUGUGAGUCUUAAAAUAGAAAUAAAAAUGAAUUUCACAUGAAGCUUUUGAAGAAAACAAAAAAAUGCUAUACAACUUAUAUUUUACUCGGUCACUCAGAACGUAUCUAAGGAAUGUUUUUAAUUAAAAUGUCAUUAUCGAGUGCUUUUUAUCACUGGUGUUGGUUACUGCUUGUAUCGCCACAUAAUGAAUAUAACAAUCUUCUCACUCGCCUAUACAUAUUCUGAAAUAUGUCCGAAUAUUUGUGGUCACUCAUUUUCAUUGUGAACAAAAAUUCGGCAAGAAAAGACAAUGUUUUUGAUGUUGUGAUAUUUACAAAUAGUUUACCCGUAGAACUAACUGUGAUACCAAGAUGUUUAGCUAGUGUGAAUAAAGAUAAGAAUUGAUUCCCGGGUAUGGGAGAAUCAAUAAUUUGUAAUUUUGUAGAUGUAUAAAUAAUACAUUAUUUAUUUUUCGUAUACAUGUUGAUUUGUUGUGCUAAGAAAAUUGUAGAUAUAGAUUUUGUAUUGAAUUGUAAAAUUAUGCACACAUAUUUUCUUUAUCAGUGAAAUCACGGAUUUCAAUAUUUCCGUGCUUGAGUGACAGAUUUGGUUAAUUAUGAAGAUCUUAUUCAAACAAUUAAUACACAUUCAAUUCUAAAAACUGGAUAAGGUACAGAAAAUCAGGAUAUAAAUAUUGAGCAAUAUUGUAGAAAAUAUGUUAUAUUCUUUGACAAAAAAUGAGAAAAAUCUGUACAAAAAUUAAUUUUUCGUCAUGCUUCAUAUUUAACUCAAACGUUGAUGUAAUCAAGUUGAAAUUACUUUGAAAUGCACUACCGUAUAUAUAAAUGUAAUUUUUUAAAACAUUGAACAUUUAAAAUGAUAUUGUCUCUUUUUCUUAUUCAUACGAAAUCGAUACGCACAAUUUCAGAGUUACAUAUAUUUUCCAUUUCGUAUACAGUGUAUGUUUAAAUGAGACAUGAGAUAUGUGAUUGGAAUAUUCUUAAGCUACCUAUUUGAUCUGUAUGUUGUACUAGUACUUUCAUCUCUCAAACCGUUCUUUAUUUAGAGAAAAAUACUGAAAUGGAAGUUGAAAAAUUUCAGUGAAACGAAUAUCAUUGCUUCUGUUUCGUACACGAAUCGAACGAUUUAUAUGAAAUCAACAAAACUUUACGAAUGGAGUGUCGGAUUUGUGGCAGAGUAAGGAGGUCGCCGGUUUGAGAGAGCUCUGUGUCGUUUUGGUCAAACAGUAAUAACUAUGAAUACUUUUGAUUUACUCCGAAGUUACAUUAAUAUUUGUUCAAUUUAAACUUCGAAGGUCGAAUAAAAGUUGAAAUUAA